AUGUCAGCUGCUGGCAGCCAGCCGGAGGCCUCUGUGGCAGCGGCGGGGAAGUCUGAGGCAGAGGGCGAGGUCAAAGCGAAUGCGCGACGAAACAGCAAGAAACGCGGCGAUCGCCGCGUUGCGCACGUCGACGAGGUGGCCGCAAAGCCUGAGGACUAUGUGCACCUGAUCCCAUACAAGAAGCCCGCCCUUGACAAGGAGGGCUGGCGGCCGGUCGCUUUGUCGAAGGCUGACCGCGCGCCGCAGCUGCAGCUGAGCGAGGACCGGCUGUCGGUGACUGGCCACAAGGGGUACCGCCUCAUCCGCGCGACGCACGGCGCGCACGAGGGGACGUGGUACUGCGAGGCCACCAUCACUCACCUUGGGGAGACGGGCCACUGCCGCCUGGGCUGGGCGACCUCCAAGGCAGAGUUGCAGGCGCCUGUCGGCUUCGACGCGUUCGGCUUCAGCUACCGCGACGCAGAGGGCUCCAAGGUGUCCAAGGCGCUGCGCGAGCCAUACGGGGAGCCGUACGUGGAGGGUGACGUCAUCGGGCUGCUGCUGCACAUGCCGCCUGGCGGCCGCAGCAUGGAGGCGGCAGACGCAGAGGUGGUGCGGUGGAAGGGCGGCCUGUACACGGUGCAGGACGACAGCGAGAAGGAGGCGCAGCCCCUGCCCGGCAGCGGCGUCGCCUUCGCCCGCAACGGCGCCCUGCAGGGCGUCGCCUUUGCCGACAUCCCAGAGGGCACCUACUACCCGGCAGCUUCCCUCUACACGCGCCACCGGCAGUCUGAGGGCGCGACCGUGGCGUUCAACUUCGGACCGGCGUUCAAGUUCGCUCCGCCGCGCGUGGACGGGUGGCCAGAGGCGCGCCCGGCCAGCGAGCUGGCCGGGGACCCACCCGCGGCCACGGUGGCGCCCGGCGGCGGCGCGCAGCCGGCAGGCGGGGCGGCGGCCGCACCAUCGAUGGCGCCGCCAGCUGCAGGGGCUGCAUGUUGA